ACUGUGGGAGAGAGACUGUGGGAGAGAGACUGUGGGUGAGAGACCGUGGGAGAGAGACUUGUGGAGAGACUGAGUAAUAGAGAGGGAGAGACCGAUGGAGGCCGUGGGGGAGGCCCUGGGAGAUUGUGAGAGUGCCAGGACGGGAACGAUGAACGAGGGAGGAGAGAUGAAGAUCUACUGCCCGAUCUGCAACUGGGUGGUGAUCAGCCUGCCCGCCCUGGAGGACCACAUGACGAAGCACAAGGGCCUAACCAAAUCCGUGCUGUAUCAGUGCCCCCACUGCCCGUACAGCACGGACGAAGCGGCCAUGCUGAUCGGCCACCAGAGGAGCCACGCCGACGAGAAGCUCUACAAGUGCUGGGUGUGCGAUGAAGUUUUCGCGAAUUCAGGAGACUUCUGCUCCCAUCAGAGCAUGCACAUCAAUCGGGCACGACGCAGGAAGUCGAUCGUCCCACCGCCAGGAGACGUCUCACCAGAUGAGAGAAUCCGCGCGGUCGAGAGGCCCUACCACUGCAACGUCUGCGGGGAGGACUUCACUCAGUCGCACCACCUCCUCAACCACCAGAGGAUCCACACGAACGAGAAGCCGUACGCGUGCACCGUGUGCGGCAAGGCGUUCGUGCGCUCGGACAACCUCGUCAUCCACACUCGGGUCCACACGGGCGAGAAGCCGUACAAGUGCGCCACUUGCGGCAAGGCAUUCAACCAGUCGACAGCGCUCCUCAACCACAAGAGGACCCACACGGGCGAGAAGCCCUACGGGUGCGCGGUGUGCGGGAAGCGAUUCGCCCAGUCGAGGGUUCUCGUCAAACAUGAGAGGACCCACACGGGCGAGAAGCCCUACGGGUGCGCCACGUGCGGCAAGUCCUUCGCCCAGUCGGGUACCCUGGGCAUCCACAAGCGCACCCACACGGGCGAGAGGCCGUACACGUGCGACGUGUGCGGCAGGUCGUUCACGCACUUGGGCACCCUCCACGUACACAAGAGGACGCACGCGGGCGAGAGGCCCUUCACGUGCCCCACGCGCGGGAAGGCCUCCGCCGAGGCAAGGAGCCUCCGGGCGUGCCGGCAGGCCCGCGCGGGCUCAAGCGCGACGACGCCGCCGGCCCGUCCCCCCCUACUCCGCCGCCGUGCCCGCAGUAGAGCCAGGCUCCACGAGAGCGUGACUGCCCCUGGGGAGGUCGUGGCGAGCCUCGGGGACAAGGGUCCCGUAGCGACCCCCUCGGCGACCCCCUCGGCGACCCCUUCGGCGACCCCCUCGGCAUCGCUAACAUCAGAACACGGAGAGACCCUCAGCUUCGAGACGUGGCCAGGGGUGAAGGUGGAAUGCGAAGGUGAAGAUCCUUCCGUCUCCCUGCCGAUCGUGAAACGGGAGCGCGGAGGGAUCGCCAGUUCCGAGACUUGGCCAGGGGUGAAGGUAGAACUGGGGGGGGAGGAUUUUUCAGUUCCCCUCUCGAUCGUGAAGCAGGAACGGAAAGAAAGCCCCGGCUGUGAGACGCGGCUGGGUCCCUUCGCCCCCCACCCUACCGGUCGUGACGUCACGCCAGCGUUGCUUGCUCCCAGUUUUCCUCCCCCCCCACGUCACUCGCACGCGACGGAAGGAAGCCGACGGAGAGGGAGCGGAGGGCGAAGAUCGACCCGGAGACUGUGGGAGAGAGGCCGUGGGAGAGAGACCGUGGGUGAGAGACUCUGGGAGAGACUUGCCAGGACGGGAACGAUGAACGAGGGAGGAGAGAUGAAGAUCUACUGCCCGAUCUGCAACUGGGUGGUGAUCAGCCUGCCCGCCCUGGAGGACCACAUGAAGCAGCACAGGCGCCGGACCGAGUCCGUGCUGUACCAGUGCCCCUACUGCCCGUACAGCACGGACAAAGCGGCCACUCUGAUCGGCCACCAGAGGAGCCACGCCGACGAGAAGCCCUACAAGUGCUGGGUGUGCGAUGAAGUUUUCGCGAAUUCGGGAGACUACUGCUCCCAUCAGAGCAUGCACAUGAAGCGGGCGCGACGCAGGAAGUCGAUCGUCCCACUGCCAAGAGACGUCUCACCGGACAAGAGAAUCCGCGCGGGCGAGAGGCCCUACCACUGCAACGUCUGCGGGGUGGACUUCACUCAGUCGCAACACCUCCUCAAACACCAGAGGAUCCACACGAACGAAAAGCCGUACGCGUGCGCCGUGUGCGGCAAGGCGUUUGUGCACCCGAGCACCCUCGUCAUCCACACUCGGGUCCACACGGGCGAGAAGCCGUACAAGUGCGCCACGUGCGGCAAGGCAUACAGCCGAUCGACGGCUCUCAUCCACCACAAGAGGACCCACACGGGCGAGAAGCCCUACGGGUGCGCGGUGUGCGGGAAGCGAUUUGCCCUGUCGAAAGUUCUCGUCAAACACGAGAGGACCCACACGGGCGAGAGGCCCUACGAGUGCACCACGUGCGGCAAGUCCUUCACCCAGUCGGGCACCCUGGGCAUCCACAAGCGCACCCACACGGGCGAGAGGCCAUACACGUGCGACGUGUGCGGCAGGUCGUUCACGCACUUGGGCACCCUCCACGUGCACAAGAGGACACACGCGGGCGGGAGGCCCUUCACGUGCCCCACGCGCGGGAAGGCCUCCUCCGAGGCAGGGGGCCUCCGGGCGCACCGGCAGGCCUGCGCGGGCUCGAGCGCGUUGCCGCCGCCGGCCCGUCCCCCCCUCCUUCGCCGCCGCGCCUGCGAGAGGGCCGGGCUUCACGAGGGCGUGACUACCACUGGGGAGGUCGUGGCGAGCCUCGGGGGCGAGGGUCCCACAGCGACCCCCUCGGUGACCCCCUCGGUGACCCCCUCGGUGACCCCCUCGGCAUCGCUGUCAUCAGAACACAGAGAGACCCGCAGCUUCGAGACGUUGCCAGGGGUGAAGGUAGAAUGCGACGGUGAAGAUCCUUCCGCCUCCCUACCGAUUGUGAAGCGGGAGCGCGGAGGGAUCACCAGCUUCGAGACGUGGCCGGGGGUGAAGGUGGAAUGUGACGGUGAAGAUCCUUCCGCCUCCCUAUUGAUCGUGAAGCAGGAACAGGAAGAAAGCCCCGGCUGUGAGACGCGGCUGGGGGGGCUCUGGAAGAACCCCCCAACCCCUCACCUGGGGUCUGGGGGGAAGCACCCGCCCCUCAACGGUCCAGCUCUCUCUGACCUUCCCCAGCUCAGGGUGGCAUGGGCCUGUGCCCGCAACUGCAGUCGCGUGGACCCGCCGGUGGGCGACGAGGGUGUCCGACCGGGCGAAUAUCUUGCCACACUCGGCGCACCCGUGGAGCCUCUCGACCGUGUGGGUCCUCUGGUGGUUGCGGAGCCGGGGCUUUCUUCCUGUUCCUGCUUCACAAUCGAGAGGGGAACUGAUAAAUCAUCCCCCCCCAGUUCUACCUUCACCUCUGGCCACGUCUCGGAGCUGGCGAUCCCUCCGCGCUCCCGUUUCACGAUCGGCAGGGUGGUGGAAGGAUCUUCACUGUCGCAUUCCACCUUCACCCCCGGCCACGUCUCGAAGCUGAGGGUCUUUCCGUGUUCUGAUGUCAGCGAUGCCGUGGGGGUCGCCGAAGGGGUCGCCGAAGGGGUCGAUGUGGGACCCUCGCCCCCGAGGCUCGCCACGACCUCCCCAGGGGCAGUCACGCUCUCGUGGAGCCUGGCCCUCCCACGGGUGCGGCGGCGGAGGAGGGGGGGACGGGCCGGCGGCGUCGACGCGCUUGAGCCCGCGCGGGCCUGCCGGCACGCCCGGAGGCUCCUUGCCUCGGCGGAGGCCUUCCCGCGCGUGGGACACGUGAAGGGCCUCUCGCCCGCAUGCGUCUUCUUGUGUACUUUGAGGUUGCCCAAGUGCGUGAACGACCUGCCGCACACGUCGCACGUGUACGGUCUCUCGCCCGUGUGGGGCUUCUCGCCCGUGUGGGUCCUCUUGUGGUUGAGGAGCGCCGUCGACUGGUUGAAUGACUUGCCGCACGUGGCGCACUUGUACGGCUUCUCGCCCGUGUGGACCCGAGUGUGGAUGACGAGGGUGUCCGAGCGUACGAACGCCUUGCCGCACACGGUGCAAACAUACGGCCUCUCGUCCGCGCGGAUCCUCUCUUCCGAUGAGACGUCUCCUGGCAGUGGGACGAUCGACUUCCUGCGUCGCGUCCGCUUCAUAGUGGCCGCUUUGUCCGUGCUGUACGGGCAGUGGGGGCACUGGUACAGCACGGACUCGGUCCGGCCCCUGUGCCGCUUCAUGUGGUCCUCCAGGGCGCGGUUGGAGAGUUCACAUCACGACAGUUCAUGCUCCUCAGCGAGAUCAUCAGCGAGGUGUAGCAGUUCACCCGUGAACGGAUAUCGUGCAGCGGCGCGUCACGCAAUGUCGUCUUGUGAUUGUUGCCUUGCCCUUGCGUGCCCCAGUGCCGACGCGGAACGGAACGGAGCAGAGAUGAAGAUCUUCUGCCCGAUCUGCAAGUGGCUCGUGGUCAGCCUGCCUGCCCUGGACGACCACAUGAAGCGGCACAGGGGGUGGACGGAGCCCGCUCUGUUCCGGUGCCCCCACUGCCCGUUCAACACGGACAAGCUGAACGUGUUCAUCGGCCACCAGGCGACGCACGACGCUCGCGACUCGCACAAGUGCGCCGAGUGCGGCAAGGUGUUCAUCGACGCCGAGAUCUUCCGCCAGCACCGAGCGGCGCACGCCGAGGAGAAGCCCUACAAGUGCACCGAUUGCGAACUGGCGUUCAACCGCUCGGCGGAUCUUCACGAGCACCAAAAGACGCAUGCCGGCGGCAAGCCCUACCACUGCACCGUCUGCGGCAUGGAGUUCACCCGGUCGGAGCACCUCCGCAACCACCAGAGGACCCACACGGGCGAGAAGCCCUACAGGUGCGCCGAGUGCGGCAAGAUAUUCGCCCGGUCGGACACCCUCGUCGCCCACCGGCGGGUCCACAAGGCUGGCGGGGCACGCCGGUGCGCCACAUGCGGCAAGGAGUUUGUGGACCCCAGGGCCCUUCACAUUCACCAGAACGUCCAUGGGCCGCCGUCGCAGCCCCCGUCCGACGGCAAACCGGAGGGUGCUUCGGCUCGGACGUUCGACGCUCCCGUUCCCCGCGGAAAUGGACGCGGAGGAGGCGAACCGAGAAGACGGCGGACGUCCAGUGACGGCGAUGUUGACCGCUCCUUUUCCACCGGAGCGAGGCAGGCGAAGAGAAACGCCCCCCCCACCACCACCUCCUCACCCUCCUCCCGCCGUGUGCGGCGGCUUUGAAACGCGGCCGGCGACGGCGGCAUCGGCGACGGUGACGUCGUCAUAGAGGACGCUCCCCCAUCACCCACCCAUCCCCAAACCCCCCCCAACCCCCCUCGUGUGGCCUUCGUGGCCGAGAAUCUGGAGUUGGAAUGAAACUCCGGGCCGGCGUAGGAGGCAUCGGAUUUUCAAAAACUCCGGACAAUCACCAAAUCGUCAUCAUUGUUUAAAAUAACUUAUUUUUGCCCAUUCUUGUAUGAUAUUGUAGGUAUUGUUUUUUUCAUGUUUUAUAUUCGUUUAUUAUAUGAAGUUGGCAUAAAUAAACAAUACAAAUAGACAAAAAGUUACCACAUUUACUGCACCGUACUUAACACUCUAACCUCUCAGGCGUGGGGUGAUGUAUAGACGUGCAGUAUUUUCAUUUUAACACGUUGGCUUUCGCGACCAAUAUCCAUACGUUUUUUUUGUUAGAUUGCGCAAAUAUAAAUGUGUCGUUAAACCCGCCACCACCCAACAAUUAAUAAUUUUAAUUUAUUUGUAAGGCGCCUUCCACCGUCUGAAGGUGCCUUGUAGAUUAAGGUUAAGGAAAGGCCAAGAGAAGAUGAGAGCUACAUAGAAUAAACGGACUUAAGAAGAUAUUGUUUUAUCUACAUUGUCGGUUAAACAAAUUUCCAAUGGUAGAGAAUUCCACGACCGAGGAGCAGACACAGCAAAUGCCUGCUCACCCCAGGAACGCAGCCGGGAACGAGGUACGCACAGAAGGGCAGAGGGAUUUAAGAAUGAAACAGGAGGAUUUCUCCACAAAUAUGGCUGUCGUCUGAUGAUACUAGUUGUGAUUACUGGCGAAACGUCGUAAUCAGAUUGUGAAUGUGGAUUUACUCUUCAACACACCGGUGUGCUGUACUAGUGUAGAGACAGUGCGUGUGUGGAGACACUACGUCUGUGGAGACAGUGCAGGUGCAAAGACAGUGCGUGGACUAGAGGUCACGAGCAGAAAUUACAGGGUUGAUAAAUAAUAGAGGGCGAGUUGCAACAAGAGGGAAUCAACAGGGAAGUUCGGGAAAGCCAGAGAGUUCUAGAAAGGGGGCGUGGCCAGGGGCGGAGUGAGGGCCACCCCGGGGAUAAAAGGAGGCGACGAGCAAGGUUCAGGGCUCCUGUGGGAUCGGGGUCAUCGCUGUCGUCGUGUUGCUGCUGUCUUCACGUCGCCGCGAUUUGUACGUCAUCCCUGGCCCAAGCGAUCUGCAUGUCAUCCCUGGCCAAGUUAUCUGCGUGAAGCGCCUGAUUAAAAUAAAGAAAACCCUUUACA